AUGGACGAUACACACGAGAUAACUUUCAUUACGGUGGAGGAAGGCAACAUGUCUACGCCUAAACCUAGUGGUGGAGGUAAUGAUGAUUCUACCACUCCAGAGUUACGCAAUCGAAAUGGUAAUAAUAAUAGCAGUAACGGCACUGUUAGAGGAAAUACUAGCGAUAGCGAUAGUAGCGGUUUUAUUACUGAUAAAGUUUAUCUUCAAUCGAUACUUAAGAAUAAUGCAAAAUCAAGUGGCACGAAUCGUUCCAAAGUCAAUUUUAGUCCUCUUAAACAAGUUGUUUCGUAUUCUGAUAUUCUGGACAACCAUGAAAACGUUUUUUGUGAGAAACCCAAGUCACAAGGUCAAACAACAACAGCAUCAUCAUCCGAUGAACCAUACUCAUGGUUGGCUAAUCCUAUGGUCCCCUACACACUCUCGUUGUAUUUACAGCUUGCAUUCAAUGCACUCAUUUCCGUUGGAAUAAUAUUUCUUGCUUACACUUUGUACCGGGGCAUUCGUAGCGACGUUGACCACCGUAUCGAUCUCUACACCACCGAGGUGAUGACCGAGAUAUCCCACUGUUCCCGCGACUACUACCGCAACAAAUGUGACGGAGUUAAGCGUCCUCCCGCACUCGAGAAAUCAUGCGACCAAUGGUUCAAAUGUAUGAACCGCGACCCACAACAGAUUGGCACUGCAAAAAUAACUGCUGAGGCGUUUGCCGACAUCGUCAACGGUUUCGUUUAUAAAAUCAGUUGGAAGUUUGUAAUAAUAGUUGUGGCAUUCUUUAUUGGAGGAUUGGGAUUUACAAAUAAAGCAUUCUCAUCUUAUCGUCAUUCUCUAAAUCUUCAACACCAACAACUGCUUGUGGACAAGCUCCAAGCCGAAGUUCGCAACCACCACGAAACCGAAAUGAGAUUGCGAACCCAAGUCGCAGCACUUGAAAAGGAAAGAGACCUGACUCCAAACUUUCAAUCCGCACACUCAUUGUUUGCAGUACAAGCGUCUUCGAAUGCAUUUUGCCAGAACCAUAAGCUCGAUGUCAAUACCAAGUUAUCUUCAGAACUCGUCCCCGAAGAGGAUGACAAGGAGAAGAAGCCAAAGGCUCCACAGGCAAGUAUGCUUAUGUUCACAGUUGGAAGCGACUACAUCUAUUUAGCUGUAGGAGUUGCAUUUUUCGCAGUCGCAUCGUUAACCACUCCAGGUCAGACCAUGCUUUACGGUGAGAUCUUCAAGUUUAUGAGUAAGUUCUUAGCCAAAGACCCAGAGUUUCCAGAUGCUACAUCAUUUAUGAAUAAGAUAAGGUUGUACUGUGGUAUUCUUAUGAUAACUGGGGUAGGGAAUUUGUUGUUCUGUUGGAUCGGAUGUUAUUUCUGGAUGAAAUUUGGUGAAAGACAACAGGAAAGGGCAAGAGUCGCCGUGUUCAAUCUGUUGCUCCAACGUAAAAUGGACUCUUUUGAUAUGAACGAUAACUUUAGCGGGAAAUUGACCCAAGUGCAUCGUUCUAUUGAAGAAUUACGUUCUGGUUGUGCCGAAUCUUUGGGAGGGUUGGCUUUAUGUCUUGGAGGAAUUAUCGCCUUGCUUGUUACUGCUCUAUACCACUCCUGGUCUGUUGCUUUAAUCAUGAUGUCAAGUAUCCCUCUCAUGGGAUUUUCUACGACUAUAUUUGGGUCAUUGUCAUUCAAAGCCAUGCAAAUCGAAAACUCCCACAGUGCCCAAGGAUCCAAGGUUCUUGAUUGGGCCUUUAAUGCUGCUGAGAUUGUUCGGGUUUUCAAUGGCCAAUUUGUAGAAAUGGCCAAAUUCAAGAAGAGCGUAGACUUGUCCACUAAGUCUUUUGUAAAACAUGCCAAUUUCAACUCCAUCAACGUGGGUGUUAUCAAGUGCCUUGUAUUAAUGAUGUUUGUCCAAGGGUUCUGGUGGGGUAACUACCAAAUUGAAAAGAAAAGAAUCUCGAUUUCUGAGCUUUUCACCACCUUUACUUCAUGUUUGUUACUCGGAGGUAACAUUGCCCAACUUUCAACUCUUUUACAGAAGAUUAACCAAGCUAAAGCUGGUGCUGCUGAAAUUGAAAAGUUCAUAAAGGAAACUCCUGAAUCAGAGGCCACCCUGGAAGCAGAAGAGCUUCCCAUUUCCGUUGAAAAUAACACUAUUGAGUUCUCAGACGUCUCGUUCAAGUACCCCACCAGAGAAAACAUAGUUUUGGAUAAAGUGUCUGCCAAAUUUGACUCCAGUGCCCUCAACUUCAUUAUUGGUAAAUCAGGGUGUGGUAAAUCUACCAUGUUCCAGUUGCUUAUCAAAUCAUACAAGCCACAAUUUGGCUCUAUUAUGGUAAACGGCGUUGAUAUUAAUAAUUACUCCACCUCAAUGCUUUCUUCGUUCAUCACUACCGUUUCCCAGUCUAGUACAAUCUUCAACGCUACAGUAAGAGAUAAUAUAUGCAUGGCUGUAGCCAGCAGGUUUGAAACUACUGAUGAGGUACCCCUUCCACAUAUUCAAGAAGCUUGCAAUUUUGCUUUACUCGACGACGUGAUAGAAUACUUUGAAGAUGGCUUUGAUUCUAUGCUUACACCUAGGAACUUGUCUGGAGGUCAACAACAGAGAAUUGAGAUUGCCAGAGCCAAAUUGAGAGACACACCCGUUCUUAUUCUUGAUGAGUCUUUAAGUGCCUUGGACAGUUUAAGAAAGGGGAAGUUAAUGCGGUCAAUUCGUGACUGGAGAAAGGGACGUUUGACCAUCAUGAUUACCCAUGAUUUGGAGUACCUUGAACCGCAAGAUAACAUUGUUUUAGUUGAAGACGGUAAGGUUGGUGCGGCUGGAAAGUUUGAGUCUUUAGCCGAUUCCAAACUCAUAAAGUCCAUUCGCGAAUAUAAGCACGCGGUCGUGAUGAACGGCGGAGACGAAGCAGAAGACGAUGAAUUCAGGGACAAGGGCGAAGAUUCCGAGCGUAAUUCUUAUGAUUUCAUCCACAGCCCUUACAUUUUGAAGGACCUUGAGAAGAAUGAACCUGUCAACGAAGACGAUAACGACAAGACAAAGAAGAAGAUGAUGAAGAAUGAACAGGAAGCAAUGGUCUCGAUAUUUACGAUUCUCAUGAAGUCAAAAAGUCAAAUCCAGCAUUUAUCGGUCGUGUUACUUGGGAUCGUGUUGGCCAUGGUAAACGCCGCCUUCACGCCCGUUUUCUCGUACUGUUUUGCUAAACUAUUGGUGAACAUGGUGAACGUUUCGGUCGGGCUCUCGAACAAGCACGAGUUGCUUAAAUGGUCGUGUGUUAUUAUCGGUAUAUCUGUUGGUAACGGGUUGACUACUUACCUUGCGGAGUUUGUUAUGGAAGUUGCUGGGGAAAAAUGGGUAGCCAACAUGAAGAAGACAAUCUUUGAAGCCAUUAACGACAGAAAAUUGGAUUUUUUUGCCGACCCAUUGAACAAACCCGCUAUACUCACAGGUUUAUUGAUGAACGAUGCUCGUGACUUGAGAAACCUUAUUUCCAUCUUUCUCCCUACCAUUUUCCAGUUAGUUUCUAUGUUAGUCGCGGGUUUAGUCUGGAUGUUUAUCGUUGGGUGGAAACUCAGUUUGGUUGGGAUCUCCUUCAUCCCUCUCGUGAUGAUUGUUGUGCAAACUUACUCCAUGGUAUUCCAACAGUUUGAAAACAGAUACAAGACAUCUGUGGCUAACAUUGAAAACUCUGUUCAUGAAACGUACAAAGGCAUCAAGUGGAUCUUUGUUAACAACUCGACGUCUUAUUUCGCCCGUAAGUUCAACAGAGAGCUUAUCCCCGUCAAGGCAUUUGGAACCUCCAGAGCCGUGUUCAGUGGGUUUGGUAUUGCCUUGACAGGGUUGUGCACUGCUGUAGCCACGGGGACCCUUUUAUAUUUUGGUAUGAAGUUGAUCUCCACGGCGGAAUACAAUAGGGCCCAGUUCUUGCAGGUGGUAACGUUGUUCAUCUUCACGGUCUCGCAAGCAUCUAUUCUUUUGUACAAGUUCCCAGACAUCGCCAAGGGCAAGAAGGCGGGCAAUGCGUUCCUUCGACUCUUGGAGUUAUCCAUUGACGAAGAUGUCGCCAGGGGAACCUUGAAGAAUUUAAAGACCAACAACACACCAGUGGUGGUGGAGUUGAAAGAUACAACUUUCAAAUACGCUCCUACAUCGAGAAAAGUUUUGAACAAAGUCUCAUUCCAAUUGAAGCAAGGCUCAGUCACGGGGAUCGCUGGGUUAUCUGGAUCUGGGAAGUCCACCAUUGCUUUGCUUCUCUUCAAGUUGUACGAGGUAAGUAACGGCAUGAUCUACUUUUGGGGCCAAGAUAUUAAAGACAUCGACACCUACUGGUUACGGUCAAAGAUAUCGUUCGUUCCACAACACGCCAAAUUCUUUGAAGGAACCAUUUUUGAGAACUUGAUCUAUGGAAUCGAAAACUCCCAAACCAUCCGCGACUCUGCCGUGCUUGAGGUCCUCAAGUUAGUCAACUUGUUCGACUACAUUGUAUCUUUGCCUGAAGGGAUCUACACCCGGAUCGGCGAGGGAAACCUGUUGUUCUCCGGGGGACAGCUCCAACGACUUGCAAUCGCGCGCGCGGUCAUGAAGAACCCUACACUUCUCGUGUUGGACGAAUGCACGUCGAACUUGGAUGUGGAGAACACAGACCUCAUUGGUGAUGCCAUCACCAGAAUCCUGAAGGAAAAGAAGAUGACCAUCUUGGCCAUCACUCACGAUAACCGGUUGAUGGAGAAGCUUGAGUCCAUCAUGGUGUUGAGCAACGGUAAGAUCAUCGACAACGGUUCCUACAAUGAGGUUUGUGAAAAGCACAAUAUCUUUUAA